AUGCAGUAUUCUAAAACGGGAGAGUCUUGUGGAAAAGUCCCUCCAGAACUGUCUAGACACCCUUACCUCAUAGAAAUUGAUCUCACUCGCAACUACCUUAACGGCACUAUCCCUCGAGAAUGGGGUACCAUGCAACGACUUGUAAACAUUUCCCUACUGGGAAAUCGUGUAACUGGUGGAUUACCAAUCGAACUUGUCAACAUCAGCACUCUCUUAAAUCUAACCCUAGACUACAAUCAAUUGUCGGGAAAUAUUCCGCCGCAGUGGGAUUUUUCAAGCCUAGAGAAAUUAUCUCUAAUAUCAAACAAUUUAACUGGGGAAUUGCCUCAAUCUCUAGCGAAGUUGACUACAAUGAAGGACUUCCAUAUAAGUGACAACUUCUUCGGUGGAAACAUACCCAAUUUUAUCCAGAGCUGGACAAAUCUUCGAAGAUUGUGA